GGGCGGGGGGGUGGGGGGCUCAGUCCCCGCCCGGGCGUUGCGGCGGUCGGGCCGGGCGCUGUGGAGCCUCGUGCGUUUUCGCCCCGCUCCCAGGUCUUCGUGUUCGAUGUCGGCGGCGGGACGUGGCGCUUCUACAACUGGACCCACAUCACAACGGUGGCGACCUUCGGAGACUACGACCCCGAGCUCAUGUGUUACGCUCAUGCCAAGGGGGCCAGGGUAGUGCUGAAAGGAGAUGUACCCGUUAAGAACAUGCUUGAGCCUGCUGCAAGAGAAUUAUGGAUAACUCAACAGGUGGAACUGGCUAAAAAGCAGUAUAUGGAUGGAAUUAAUAUCGACAUAGAGCAAGCGGUUAGUAGGUCAUCACCCGAGUAUGAUGCAUUAACAGAUCUAGUGAAAGAAACUACAGAUGCUUUUCACAGUGCAAUUCCAGGAUCACAGGUAACAUUUGAUGUGGCUUGGUCUCCAGAAUGCAUUGACCAAAGAUGCUAUAACUACAUCGGCCUUGCAAACGCUUGUGAUUUCGUGUUUGUGAUGUCGUAUGAUGAACAGAGUCAGACCUGGGGAGAAUGCAUUGCAAGACCCAAUGCUCCCUAUAAUAAGACCGUGAGUGGAUAUGAAGACUACAUUAAUAUGGGCAUUGACCCUAAGAAGCUUGUGAUGGGUGUUCCCUGGUAUGGCUAUGACUAUACGUGUCUGAAUUUAUCUGAGGAUCACAUUUGUUCUAUUAAACCAGUUCCUUUCCAUGGGGCUCCAUGCAGUGAUGCUGCAGGGCGUCAGGUCCCAUAUAGAAUAAUAAUGGACCAAGUGACUAGUUCAAUUUCUGGGAGUCAAUGGGACGCAGAGCAGGAAGCUCCUUAUUAUGAAUACAAGGAUGCUCUUGGUCAUUUUCACCAAGUAUGGUAUGAUGACCCCUGGAGCAUUUCCCUGAAAGCAGCAUAUGCACAGGAACGUGGUUUAAGAGGCAUUGGCAUGUGGAAUGGAGAUUGUCUUAACUACUCUAGAACUCCUGUAGCAGAACAGCAAACUGAAGCAAUGUGGCAAGCCUUGAUACCAUAGCAACUGCAUGAGAUGAUCAGCAUUUACUGCUUGGUUUAGAAUGAUUGAAAAAUGUAAUGGGAUAUUAAUUCUAAAAAGGAAUGCGUAUGUUGUCUUAUAAGUAUCUGCUGCUUAUGAGCAAAACUUCUGAAACGAUCAAAACUUCAUUUUAUUCAGUACUUUAGAAAAUAUUUUCUAUUGCAUUAAUUCAUUUUAAGAGAUUGGUUAGGUUUUCUAUUUUUACAAUUUUCAAUUAUGUUUUUUGUUAGUCAAGCUGUUUACCUAUCGCUCUGUUCUUUUCACAACUUGAGAAGCUAGAAAAUCAUGAACUUUUUAAAGAAAUCUCUCUCUCUCUCUCUCUCUCUUUUAAGACUAGUAUCUUAAAUUUCGUAUUAUGAAAAGUAUUUUGUACCCAGUUUAAAGUACAUUAUUCAUAAUAGCAGAUAUUCAUUUUAAAUGUUAAUUCUGACCUUCCUACUUGUGGUCACUGCACUGCUGUAGUAUCAUUGUAUUGCUGUAACACUUGUAUGCUGCUUUUAAAUAACAGAGGAAAAGGUUGUUAUUCUUGAAGCUUUUAGAAGUUUUUCUUCUUCCUCCUAGUUGUCUGUAGAUUGCACUAGUAACAGUAAGAAAUAUACAUUGCAUUUCCUAGCGCUGUAUUUUUCUGUAUACUUUACACAUUAUUUUCCAGUAUUUAGUUGCUGAAAAUUGGAGUGUGCAUCAUAAGCAAGGAAAUAAAAUAAUGGUGUUUAGCUGAUAGCUAUAGCAGAGGGCAGUAAGUGGGGCACUAGUCCUGAGCACUGAUUUAGGGAGGUGCCAGACUGGCACCCCUCAGGGAGCUUUUUGCUGUGACUGUGUGGGUAGCCUGUGUCCUAAUGGAGCAGCAGCCUACUCGCAGCAGUCUGCAUUGAGGGCAGAGCCCCGACUGGGGCAGGAAAGACUGGCUUCACCCAGCUGUCACAUAAUAUUCUUCCCUUCCUCUGCCCAGAGCUUACUUCACCUCUUAUUCCCCUCUGCCUCUUUCACUUAGAUACUCCCAGCUGCUGUUGGACUCCUGCUGAGUAAGUAGCAGCAGUUAGAGGGUUAAAGGAGUACUGACAGACUGUUGCUUCCUGAUCCCCUUGCUGUUCCUUAUGGUUCACUUGAUUACAGUAGGGGUACAUGAGAGUGCCUGGGCUGUGAAACCUGUGAGCAUAUGCAAAUAAGAGUGGGACCAAAGUAGUUAUGUUCUGUCAGUGUCAGUGAAAAACAUAAAGUACAAAGAGAAGCAGAAGAAAUUGGAAGGAGGUACAGCAGCAAGGAAGCAUGGAGGAAGGCAAAGGAGAAACUGCUUUUGAAUGAUGGUGGUAGAUAAGCAUUUUAUGGUGCAGGAACACAAUACCCAGAACUUGGAAGAAAAACUUUGGGAUAUGCAUGAGAGAUGGCAGUUUGGAUAUGCAGUGUCAAGAGGAAUACAGUGUCAGAUAAAAGCAUGUAAAAUUGCAAGGAAAUUUGGGUUAGGUCUUUAGGGUUGGCAGAGGUUUGAGACGUAUAUCUUUAUAGAAGAAAUGGAUUUUCAGUAAGCAGUCUCAUUGAUUUUUUUUUUUUUUUUUUUUUUUUUCCCCAAUGCCUGCCUGAGAUAUAUAAGAAGUUGACAGCUCUUGAACAAUAUGUGAUCAGGCUCCAGAAGCAGCGUUCAUGCCUACAGUCACAAAAAGGAAGUGAGGAUGCCAUGUGAUGCCACAGGAAAGGAGAGUAGAGCAAAAACAGUCCAUGGAAGAAUGGGCAGAUACAGAAAGCAGCAUUGCAUUGUGGUUGGUGACGGAGUGAAGUUGCCAGCUUGUGUGCUUUUUAAAAGGAAAACCUUCCCUAAAGAGAAGUUACCACAAAGGAUAAUUGUUCAGGCACAGAGAAAAGGAUAGAGAAGCCAGUCCAUCACUUACCUAAGUGUGUAUGGGAAUACCCACCUGGUGCUGUUUUGCAUUUAUGAGACAGGCUCAUAUUGGAUAGGUUUUUAGAGAUACCAUGCAGAGGGAAUCAAGAAACAGCUGAAAGAUAGAAACAUAGACUAAUACCAGGAAGCACAAUGUACAUGCUCCAGCCAUUAGAUAUCAGCAAAUAAUUAUUUCAAAGCAAACAUGAAACAUCUAUAUACAGAAUGAAUAGCAAGUAAUAACCACAGUUUGACCAGAACAGGGAAUAGGGCAAACUACACGAGUGGAACAAGCUUAUAUGAAAUUUCAUCCCUUUAGAUCACAUUGUUAAAAAGUUUUUAAAAGUGCUGCAUUUCUAAUGGGCUGGAUGGUAGUAAGGACUGUGCUGUGGGGGGCAACGAUGCAGAUUCUACAGGAGGCAGCAGUGAUAAAAAGUAAAGUUGAUUACUGAAGGAUUUGCUUCCUCAUUGUUUUAAUCCUCUUGUCAAUUUUUUUUACUUUAUCAACUUUUAAUGUGAGACUGGUGUUUUGCUGUGUUGUAAAGUCAUGCUGCAACAUGGCAGUGAGAGAUGUGAGGGUCUACACAAAUGAAUACAAUAAUUUUUCCCCCUCUGAUUUCUCUUGUUGCCAAAACCAAGUUUAAAGACUCUUCCAGUGUCCUAACUCCAUGUAUUUUUACACAAAACUCAGGAUGCAUUAAAAUUUCUUUUACUUUCUAAC